AUGCGAAGGGAUGUCCGUGGGGGCCUGGAGCAAGGAGAGCACUUGAAGAAGGCACUGGGAAACCAUCCAGGAAAGAGAGUGAGGAACGCGCUGGGCUGCAGCACAGGUCAGGAGCAGCUGGAAGACGUAAGGAGCAAGGAAGAGUGCCAGAAGAAAAGGCAGAAUCUGUGGGAUGAGUCUGGGAAAAGCUGCAAGAGAUAUUCCAGCCGUGUUAACCAUGAAAGUAUCCGGCCUGGGGAGAGACUAUGUAAGUGUUGUGAUUGCGCAAAGAGCUUGCGAAGGAGUUCUGACCUCAUUGUCCAUCAGCGCAUCCACACAGGAGAGAGACCUUACAAGUGCCCUGAUUGUGCAAAGAGCUACAAAAGCAGAGCUGAACUCACUGUCCACCACCACAUCCACACAGAAGAGAGACCCUACAGAUGCUCUGAGUGUGGGAAGGGCUUCAAAAACAGAACUGAACUCAUCCGCCACCAGCGCAUCCACACAGGAAAGAGACCCUACAAGUGCCGUGAGUGUGGGAAGGGCUUCAAAAGCAGUACUGAUCUCAUCCGCCACCAGCUUGUCCACACAGGAGAGAGACCCUACAAGUGCCCUGAGUGUGGCAAGAGCUUCAAAACCAGAACUGACCUCAGUGUCCACCAGCGCAUCCACACAGGAGAGAGACCCUACAAGUGCGCUGAGUGUGGGAAGGGCUUCAAAAGCAGAGCUGAACUCACUGUCCACCAGCGCGUCCACACAGAAGAGAGACCCUACAGAUGCUCUGAGUGUGGGAAGGGCUUCCGAAGCAUUUCCAACCUCAUCCGCCACCAGCGCAUCCACACAGGUGAGAGACCCUACAAGUGCCCUGAGUGUGGGAAGAGCUUCAAAAGCAGUACUGAACUCACUGUCCACCAGCGCAUCCACACAGGAGAGAGACCCUACAAGUGCCCUGAGUGUGGGAAGGGCUUCAGUAGGCGUUCCCAACUAAUCAGCCACCAGCGCAUCCACACAGGAGAGAGACCCUACAAGUGCCCUGAGUGUGGGAAGGGCUUCAGCAGCAGUUCCCACCUCAUCCGCCACCAGGGAAUCCACACAGGAGAGAGACCCUACAAGUGCCCUGAGUGUGGAAAGAGCUUCAAAAGGAGUGCCCAUCUCAUCUGCCACCAGUGCAUCCACACAGGAGAGAGACCCUUCAAGUGCCCUGAGUGUGGGAACGGCUUCAAAAGCAGUAGUGAACUCACUGUCCACCAGCGCAUCCACAAUUGA